AUUCCAUCUGGCCGGUCUCCUUCACGGCCCUAGUCCAAGAUAGCACCCGUCCUAUAAAGCAGACCUUCGGCCGUCGUCGCCGCCGCCGCCGCCGCCGCCUCCUCAAAGUCCUCAUUUUCUCAUCUCUCGGAUCGGGAGAGCGAAACCCCAAGGAACUUAUCUUACCACCGUGAUAGUCAAGAUGGUGAAGUGGACAGCGGCGGAGCUCCGUGCAAUUAUGGACAAGAAGGACAACAUCCGUAGUAGCUCUGUUAUUGCUCAUGCAGACCAUGGCAAGUCUACGCUUACGAAUACGCUUGUAGAAGCUGCUCAGACUAUUGCCCAGGAAGUUGCUAGCGAUGUUCGCAUGACCGGUACCCCUGCAGACAAGGCCGAGGGCGAGAAGGUUGUUGCUUCACCACCCCCUCAGUCAGGGUCACACACUCACACCAAAGAUCUCAAAUAAGAUGCUCAGCCACCGUACUAGUGUCUUCUUUCUCUAUUGUUGGUGUCUUGGUCCUGAUGGGAGAUAAUAACGAUUCACUAAACUAGGAUCGUCCCAAUGUGUCAAGAGUUACCAGACUUGUUCUUGUGAUUCUUCUAUGUCUUAUAGACUCUAUUUUUUAAUGUGGUGACUUA